AUGUCCGGCGACGCCAAUGCUGCCGCGCCCGCGCGCCUCCCGCGAGAAGCCCUGGAAAACAUCCUGUUCCGCCUCCCGGCGAGCGAUCUCCGCCGGUUCCGACGCGUUUGCAAAGAAUGGCGCGAUGUCAUCUCCGAUCCGAUCUUCAUCAAAGGACACCUGAUCCAAGGACCGACGGCCCCAACGCACACCAUUGUCUUCGUGCCGUCUUCCAAGCGCUCCACCAACAACAACGGGUUCCUGUUCGACGAGCGCUGGCAACUCACGGCGAGGUUCGCCGUCGGCGGAUCGGAGACCAUGAUAGGGACGUGCAACGGCCUGCUCUGCUUCCUCGACGGACUCCAAUUCGCCAUCAAGAUCGUAGAACCCUUCACCGGCGAGACGAUUACCCUGCCGGAGCCGACAGAUUUGCUAGGGUGGCGGUUCGCCAACUCGUACUGCUUCGGGUUCGACUCCACCGCGAGGCAAUACAAGAUCGUUCACCAAGGCGUGUGCGCCAGGGAGCACCGUGAUCACCUGAAGGUGUUGACUGUCGGAGCCGACGAGGACUGGAGGACAGUGAGCAUUGCCCGUAAUAACAACAACAGCAACGACCUGUCGUGCGACGGCGGAGCCGUGUACUGGAGUCACCGCGAAUACACGAGCAUGGGUCCGAUGUACGCGCGCUUCGAUCUGGCGACGGAGGAGGUCACGUCGGUCAAGUGUAAGCUGGUUGACGGGCAACCGUUGUUUUGCAAGCAUCCGUGGUGGCAGCGGCGGGGCGAGCCGUGUGCCAUCAGAAUAAAGUGGUUGGCCGGUGAGUCGGACGACGGCUACUGGCCGCGUGACAUGGAUAGGAUGAAGGCCAUGGCGUUCCAUACCGAGGCCAUAAGCCUGCCACGUGGACGUCUUCUCCCGAAGCCGCACGCGCUGCAGCGGGAGCAUCUGCUGCUGCAGGAGGCGAACGGCGCCCUGUACGCUCACAAGAUCGUCAGCAGAGAUGCUCACGAACUUGAGGUUGGCUACGAAAAACUGCUGGUUGAGAUUGGUAAUGUCGUGCAGGAGGAGCCAGGGAAGAGCCUGCCGAGCGGCCAGUUUGUUCGAGUUAACACUAGCCCACCGUCCAGAAGACGACCGGUGGCCACAGCUUCGGGUGAGGUUAUAAGCUCGUUCGCCUAUGUUCCGACUGUAUCUCCAGCUCCCUUGGCGCUCUAUCUAGGCACACGUGUCAACUGCGCACCAGCUCUGUGA